AUGUUCAGAACCGCCCUUCUCAGAUCAGCCCGCAGCGCUGCUAGCAAAGCUGUCCAAAGACCUGCAGCAAUUGCUCGUCCUAUCAACCAAAGUUCUUUCAUCACAAAAUCUCAAUUCGCCCCAUCAGCUUUCCAAGCUGCAAGAUGCUACUCCGCAGCCGCCGGUCUCAACAAGGGAGAAGUUGAGGGCAGAAUCCUUUCUUUACUGGAAAACUUCGACAAAGUUUCGGACCCAACGAAGGUUGUUAUGGCUAUUGAGGAGGAAUUCAGCAUUGAGAUCCCAGACAAGGAUGCGGAUUCUAUUCUCAGUGUUGACCAAGCCGUCGAGUAUAUUCUCCACCAACCAGAUGCUCAUUAG